UGUUGGAAGGGGGAAAAGUUCUCUUGGAUCAACAACUCAAGGUAGAGGUCGAGUUGCUACAGGAGCUGUAAGUGCUCCAAAGAGAACCACUUUAAAACCAUUGCACUGGGUAAAAGUUACUCGAGCAAUGCAGGGGAGUUUAUGGGCCGACUCCCAAAAGCAAGAAAAUCAAUCAAGGGCCCCAGAAAUAGACAUCUCUGAACUUGAAAGUCUAUUCUCAGCUGCCUCUGCUUCAGAUGGAAGUGGCAGUAAAGGUGGAGGACGACGUGGUUCCAACAUCCACAAACCUGAAAAAGUGCAACUGGUUGACUUGCGGAGAGCAUACAACUGUGAAAUAAUGCUCUCAAAAAUAAAGAUUCCUCUUCCGGAUAUGAUAAAUUCAGUUCUUGCAUUGGAUUCUUCUGCUCUUGAUAUUGACCAGGUCGAGAAUCUCAUUAAGUUUUGUCCUACGAGGGAAGAGAUGGAAACAUUAAGGAGUUAUACUGGUGACAGAGAAAUGCUUGGAAAGUGUGAGCAGUUUUUUCUCGAGCUAAUGAAGGUUCCACGAAUAGAGUCCAAGUUAAGAGUAUUUGCUUUCAAAAUCACCUUCUCCAGUCAGGUGAAUGAUUUGAGGUAUAAUUUGAACACAAUAAAUGAUGCUACAAGAGAGGUAAAAGAAUCUGCAAAAUUGCGUCAGAUUAUGCAAACAAUUCUUACUCUGGGAAAUGCAUUGAACCAGGGUACCACUCGAGGCUCUGCUAUUGGUUUUAAGUUGGACAGCCUCCUUAAAUUGUCUGAUACUCGUGCAAGAAACAACAAAAUGACUUUGAUGCAUUAUUUAUGUAAGCUCCUUUCAGAGAAAAUGCCAGAGUUACUAGAUUUUGACAAGGACCUUCUUCAUUUAGAAGCUGCCUCUAAGAUUCAAUUGAAAGCAUUGGCUGAAGAAAUGCAAGCAGUGAGUAGAGGUCUUGAAAAAGUGGAGCAAGAGUUAACUGCUUCAGAAAAUGAUGGUGCCAUCUCCAUUGGUUUCCGGGAGGUGCUGAAAAAUUUUCUUGAUACUGCCGAAGCUGAAGGGAGAAAUGCAGAUUCAUUAUCCCAGUACUUCGGCGAGGAUCCAGCUCGGUGCCCCUUUGAGCAAGUGACUCAAAUUUUGAUAGUCUUCGUUAGGAUGUUCAAGAAAUCACGAGAAGAAAAUGAAAGGCAGGCUGAUGCUGAAAAGAAAAAAAUCGAGAAGGAAGCGAUGAAAGAACGAAGUUCGGUUAAAGCAAAGUGAGACCAUAUUAUGUUUUUUGUAGAGAAGAAGGUAGUGUGCCAGAUUAGCCUCAUGGAUUAAUUGAGUUAAAUGCCGGAAGAGAAGUGGUGCGAACUCGAAUAUCAGAUGCGUGAGAUUCAUGGACUUCCAUCAAGCUGAACAUGAGGCAAUUUUGUUUCCAAGUCGGCCUUCGCCGUCUUGCACUGCCAUUUCUUUCAUCAACAUCGUACUUUGUAAAUACACCUCGUUUACCGACUCGGGAAGCGGUUGCCAUUUGACUAACAAUGCUUGAGCCCUGUUGAUCUCAACUUUACAUUGUCAGUAUGGUAACAAAACUUCUCAAGUAGCAACAUCUUCAUAUAUCAAUUGUUAAGAAAGCGAAAGUAGAGCUAUGAUCUUUGUACAGGUAAAUAUCAUUGAUAUAUCACACUUUUGAUAUCGCAUCAUAUUUUGGUAGUUCAGUUGACUCACAUUUAUUGUAAAGAUAGGUCAGAAUUUAAUGUUAAAUUGUUGUAUAGGCCAACAUCUCAAAAUCCAAUUCUCUCUUCCUCCCUUCAAACGAUUGCAAUAUCGGUCGUUUUAUGGGAUAACUUUGGCCUUGUGCUCAAAUUUUUUGACA